AUGAACGCAGUACAAGAGCCGGCGUACCAGACGGGCCCGCAGGGAGGGUAUGAUAGGCCACAAAAUGCUGGCGGGCAGUACUACGAUCAAGGUCAAGAGCGUAACUAUGACCCGCGAUACCAGCCGAGAGCUCAGCGAGGACCUCCUCCUCCGCAACAUUCUGCACCUCGUGCUCAUCCUCCCCCACAGCCAGCGCCGUAUUACGAAGACCCACGCGCCGCACCAAGGCAGAAUGGAUACCCUCCCCAACAAGCGCAGAGGCCACUAAGAGACGUGUAUCCGCAGCAGAAUGGCCAAUACGAUCAGCCUUCCGCUCCGACCAAUGGAGAUGUUUCAAAUCAUGGCCAGGCACCACCACAGAAGCCGGGAAAGAUGUCAAUGGAGGAGUGGAAACGGCAAGAGAAGGAGAGGAUGAAGAAGGCGGCUUUGUCACCCCAGACCAUGCCUUUUGACAACGCUUUCCCCGUGUUCGGAAACAAAAAAGACGACAGAUCUGGUGCUACGAGCAAGGCCAGCAAUCAGCGCGGAAGUGCUGAGCAGAGACCACAUACUGCAGGAGGGCAGCGUUCGGGUGCUUCUCAAGAAGACAGCUACCAGCAACCUCAAGGAAGAAGACCCGAUAUCGAGCGGCACCAGACAGCUCCGCAGUACAAUCACGCUGCGCAGCACAACAAUCAGCACUACCACCAACACACCGAACCUAGACCGGUGCCACAGCGACAGAUCUCGCACGAAGCCCGAACGCCAAUGGGAGAGGACUAUCCAGAACAAUGGCCAAUGGUCUCGGGACAGACUCCCCCAAAGCCUUCGCAAGACUACCAGCCUGCUGCACAAGAUCGUCCAUCUCGAUAUGCACCAGAUGCGCGGGACCAGCACCAGCAAGGCUACUACCAAACGGAUCGAGGUACUGAGUCUCAAAGAAUGCCGAACCACAGACAGCCGCCGCCUCCGGCAGCAAUGACACACCAACCAACGAAUUACGCAAAUGGCCCGAUGAAUCCAGCAGACGUGGUGCCACGUCCCUCGACUGCUGGCGGUCCUCGAGCACCACGACCUAAUGACAAUGGGGAACAAUUUCGGCCUCCAGACUUCCCACAGGAGAGCACAAGAAGCUUGCCCCAGCAGUCUGCGAAGCCUUGGAUGCAAGAAUCACAGAGUCGCCCGGAGAGUUUGGGCGAUAUCUACGAUGACUAUAGCUCGUCGCCUCCCAGACAGCAGAUACAAAGGGCACCGACCACGCGUGAUGAAGAGAUUGAAGCUGAGAUGCCCGAUUUCGACAGCGCCGCGCCAGGUGGUACCUCACUGGCCCAUAAGCGAACUCAACUUCAAGAUGACCGAUCUCGAGGAGCUCCUCUAAAGAUGGCCCACCCACCAAUGCAACGCAUGGGCACUGCUCCUCCGCAGAUGGUGAAUGGGCAUCGCCAGCCACCUGGCCAACUUCCACAAUCCGACUCCGCGCCUGAUCUUGGCUACAAUCAGAAUGGCUACGGACCACGACCUGGUACUGCUGGUCCUGGAUCCCGAGGGCCUCCGAGGAGAGGCAUGACAGACCCUCGGAGUGCAGGAUCUACACCAACAUCAGCACAUCCACCGCCGCAGCGUCAAUACGAUAUUCCGUGUCGCAAUGGACCGCCAGCUGGUCCCGGAUACCAGGGAGAUGGACCUUUACCUCCGCCGCAAGCACCGUUCGCUACAGAACCUCAAAUACGGAGGUCUUUAGACGAUAGCAGAGGUCCACCGCAUCGCCAGGGCCCGCCUCACCCGCAACGUUUCCCGCCCAAUGGUCAGCCUCCAAGAGGCCCAUACCCUCCUCAACAACGGCCUGACCUGGAUCGUAAUCAGACCAACCAGACAGUGUGGUCUGACCCAGGGCAAGAUCGAGUUGGUAGCGCACCACCUUCACAGCAAGGUCUCCGAGGCCCUCCUGGCGGGGCGCCGUACGGUGCAGCUGGUGGUGCGCCUUUGACACAGCAACGCUCUGCGCCUGACAAUCAACAAGCGCGCCAUAGCAAUCCUGAUACGCUGCCACACCACCCAGUCCCGGUGCGGCCUGGGCAUGUCGCACCUGGCCAGGGACCACCAGCAGGACCUCCACCGGUUCGCAACUACAAUCCAAAUGGGACUGGAGCAAAUGGCGCACCACAUCAACGACAACCAUCAGCUGACCACUUUGCACAGCCAGUCACCGGCCAGGAGCUACAGAGGCUCAGAGCUACUGUUGAUAAUCCGCCACACAGUCCAAAGCAAGCCCUGCUGCUGGUGAAGAAGCUCGUGGAAGCAGCUGCCGUGUUGAUUGUGAGUGCAGAUCCCAAGCAGAAAGCCAAAGAUCGGGAGAUGUACAUCAACGAAGCGUACAAACGCCUGAAGAAACUUGUCGCCAACGGCUAUCCCGAAGCUCAAUUUUAUCUUGCCGACUGUCAUGGCCAAGGCAUGAUGGGUCUCGAAGUCGACACGAAGGAAGCUUUCAAGCUCUAUCAAGCUGCUGCAAAAGCAGGUCACGCUCAAGCUGCAUACCGAACUGCCGUCUGCUGCGAGAUGGGUCCUGAAGAAGGCGGUGGCACGAGUAGGGACUAUGCUAAAGCUGUGCAAUGGUACCGCCGUGCUGCUGCGCUCGGCGACGGUCCAGCAAUGUACAAGCUCGGCGCUGUACUGCUGAAGGGCCUUCUUGGCCAACAGAGGAACAUGCACGAAGCUGUGACCUGGCUCAAGCGAGGCGCCGAAAGAGCUGAUCGCGACAACCCUCACGCUCUGCAUGAACUGGCAGGUCUCCACGAGUCGAGCAAUACCAACCCCGAAGUGCGGAAUAAGAUUCCGGCUGAUGACAAGUAUGCUCGAGAUCUGUACAUGCAAGCUGCGAAUCUCGGAUAUAAGUUCUCGCAGUUCCGACUCGGGCAGGCUUAUGAGUACGGCAUCCUCGGGUUGCAGAUCGAUAACAGGAACAGUAUUGCCUGGUAUACCAAAGCUGCAGCACAGGGAGAGCAUCAAGCUGAGCUUGCGCUGUCGGGAUGGUACUUGACAGGCGCGGAAAACAUCCUCGAGCACAGCGAUACCGAAGCGUUCUUGUGGGCGAGGAAAGCUGCGACGGCAGAGAAUCAUCCUAGUGUCGGCAAAGCCAUGUUCGCCAUGGGCUACUUCUCCGAAAAAGGCAUCGGAUGUCCCGCCAACAUUGAAGAGGCGAAGAAAUGGUAUGGGAGAGCUGCGAGCUAUAAAUUCCCGAAGGCUGUGGAGAGGCUGGAGGAGUUGAGGAAGAAUCCGGGCAGGAAAGAUAAGAAGAUCGAGAAGGAUAGUAAGUUGGUUCGGAACAAUCAGAAGCAGAAUGAGGAGAACUGUGUUGUGAUGUAG